AUGACGCUGAUAUGCAAAGUUGAAACUAUAACAAAAGAGAAGGAUGAGAAUAGGAAUAAAACUAACGACGAGCAGUUAUUGAUAAAUGAGAUAAAAAGGGGAACCAGACCUAAUGGUAUACCUGCGGAUGUAGGUCCAGUCCCUGCUUUGCCGGGUCCUGUCUCUGAUCACGUUGCACCUCCAAGGGCAUCCAUUGACGGUGAUGCCCUCAAUCUUAACAGACGGAUAUCACCUUAUGGAGAAGAGUCAGCUCCCAACCAAACAACACCAAACAAACACCUCAUCAGCUUUAAAAAUCAUAUGAUACUCAGCACCUUCAAUGCCCGCACCCUCGGUUCUCUCGGCCGUCUAGAAGAACUUGGUGCAAAUGCAGAAUCACAUGGCAUUGAUAUAAUAGCUGUCCAAGAACACCGAUUUUACCACCCUGACAACAUCCUCAAAUACCAUCAAGUCGGUUCUUAUCAACUUGUAACCUCCUCAGCAUCAAAGAAUACUGUUAAUUCAACGGUUGGAGGUAUCGGAUUUCUACUUUCAUCAAAAGCCAGUGAUACUCUCUUGAGUAUAGAGUCAAUCUCACCUAGAAUUAUGGUGCUGGAGAUAGAUGGGAACCCGAAAACAACAUUGGUAAGUGUGUAUAGCCCAUAUAAUUCGUCUGUGGCAGACGAGAUUGAGAAUUUUUAUACAACCCUUCGUUCAACCAUUGAGCAAGUACCUCUCCAUAAUUUUCUAGUUAUAGAUGGUGAUCUGAAUGCUAGACUAGGACCCGAUGAGACCAAGUUUACUUUCAACUCUAAAACUAAUCGGAACGGAGAAAUGCUCAAAGACUUCUUGGCGGAAUUUAAUCUCUACAACUCCAACAAUUAUUUUAUGAAACCAAAAAGUCAACUUUGGACAUUCGAGUCCCCACUUGGUGAUAGGGCACAAACUGACUACCUCAUCUUUCGAAAGAAGUGGCGCAAUAGUGUUAAAAACUCGAGAUCCUACUCUUCCUUUAGUUCUGUCGGCUCUGACCACAGAAUUGUAUCAGCUACCGUUAAGCUUAGUCUUCGCUCAUCCAAAAAAGCUAAGCCUCACCCGAUGAAAACGAUCGACUGGGAGGAAGUCUUAUCUAACCCCGAUAUGUCCAAACAAUUUACUUUUGAGGUCUAUAACACAUUUCAAUCUUUGUCUACUUCUGAAAUAGAUGCUGAGAACAUUGAAGAAGUAUACAGCAGCCUCAUCAAAUCAACAGAGGAAGUUGCACUGGCUACUCUUCCCAAAAAGAAGAGCAGAUACGAAAAGGAGUUUAGACAUAUUUCAUUGAUGUGUCCCUUACAUGACCCUACAGAUUUCCAAAGUGACCCUCAUCUCACCAAAAUUGAUUUAGACCAAUCUCUGGAAAUGGCAUUUUCAUUGAUAACAUUGUAUUUCUAG